AUGAAUAUUGUAGUGUUUGCGGCUACAUUCGACAAAGAAGUAUGGGCAUAUCAAUUUUAUUCUAUGUGGUUCCCAAUGAUUUUACCUGUUAUUGAUGAAGUUUUGUUAUAUCGACAUCAUAUUACUCGCGGUGACUUUUCAAUGAUAGAAAAACCAAAAGACAUUAAAUGGAUGAAUGAAGAAGCUACAAUAUAUAGUAUUAGACUGUUGAGUUCACUCGAAGAAGAAGAAAUUGCUGCUAAUGUCAAAGAAGAUCUAUUUACUUCUAUAUUCUGUUUUAUAAUUUUCUUCAUUGCAGUUACAAUUAGAGUUUUAUUAUCUCCUUUUGGAUAUUUCUUCAAACAAUGA